CCCGAGCUCAGCUCCUCUCUCAGAGCCAAACCGUGGCCUAGCAGCUGAACGGCUCGACUAUGUGGAGCAAGAAAGGGGCACUUGGGAAAUCCUUGGCUUGUCUCGUAUUUCUCGUGUCGCUCAUCGAUGCCAGUCGAUUCUUGAGUCAGAGCAGAGCCACCCAGUUCCUGACGAGGCACCGGAGAGCCAACUCUCUAUUUGAGGAGAGCAAGAAGGGCAACCUGGAGAGAGAGUGCAUCGAGGAGCUGUGCAACAAGGAGGAGGCCAGGGAGAUCUUUGAGAACCAGCCGGAGACGGAAUACUUCUACCCCAAAUAUGUCAUUUGUCUGGGUUCGCAUCGGGUCGGCAUCAACAACCAGAACUCUGACUCCAGUAUCCCAUCAGACCUGCGCACCUGUGUGAAAGAGAUCAGUGACCAGUGCUUGCCAUAUCCGUGCUACAAGGAGGGCUCGGUGCGCUGCGUGGACGGCCAGGCCUCCUUCACUUGUGUGUGUAAGCCAGGCUGGAAGGGAGUGCGCUGUGAGGAUGACAUCGACGAGUGUUCAGAUCCAGAAUUUCCAGCAGGAUGCAACCAGAAGUGCUACAACUUCCCCGGCAGUUUCCGCUGCAUGUGUGAAGAUGGCUAUUACAUCAAUGAUAAGAUCAACUGCAUAGAUGUCAAUGAAUGUCUAAUGUACCCCAGUAUCUGUGAAGAGCCGGCUAAGUGUGUCAACACCCCUGGCAUGUAUGAGUGUCAGUGUCCCCCGGGAUUCAAAUAUAACUUCACAUCCAGAACCUGCAAUGACGUGGAUGAGUGUGAGCUGGAUGUGUGUGACGGCACGUGUAUGAACACAGUGGGCAGCUAUGUGUGCUACUGCGAUGGUCGUCAGGGUCUCCGUUUGGCAGAGGAUGAGCGCUUCUGUGAAGAAAUCCCGGUUUGUGUGGAUCUGUAUGAGCACAAGCACCCUGAGAUGCUGUACCUCGGCGAACAGUUUGCAGGCCUACCUGUCAUUUAUCUGCGCUUCCGUCUGCCAGAAAACACAAAGUUUGCCGCAGAGUUCGACUUCCGCACAUUUGACCCUGAGGGAGUGGUUCUAUAUGCUGAGUCGUCCCAGGAUUCAUGGUUCAUGUUGGGGCUUCGGGGCGGUCGAAUUGAAGUCCAGUUCAAGAACCAGCACACAUUCAAAGUCACCAGUGGAGGCAAAGCCAUCAACGAUGGACAGUGGCAUGUGAUCUCUGUGGACGAACUGGAGAGCAGCAUCAGUGUGAAAAUCAGCAAGGAGGCGGUAAUGAGCAUCAACAGCCCUGAGAGUCUCUUCACCUCUGUUAAUGGCAAGCUGGAGACGAAGGUCUACAUCGCGGGUCUGCCCAACCGCACCGACAACGUCAUCAAACCUAUUAACCCUCGACUGGACGGCUGUAUCCGAGGAUGGAACCUUAUGAACCAGGGGGCAUCUGGGGUCAAGGAAGUCAUUCUGGAGAAGAAGAGUAAACACUGUUUCGUCUAUGUGGAGCGAGGGUCGUACUUCAGCGGGGCAGGACUGGCGCAAUUCGACAUCGUCUACGGUGAUUCUGGGAGCUGGAAGGUGGAUCUGAAGAUAAAUAUUCGGCCAUCUAGCAGCACGGGUGUCCUGUUUGCUCUCGUCCACAACAACACAGUCCCUCUGUCAGUCUCCGUGGUAACCCAGGGAGCAGAAGAAGCUAACUUGCAGGUGUUCCUGGAUGGUGUCUCCGUGGCAACCCUCGAGUCAAUAAUGCUGUGUUACCCUGAGCGUCUGACGGUGGAACUGACUGUCACUCCCGCAGAACUCCACAUCUCAGCCAACUCCUCCACUGUCAUCUAUAUGCAUCCCGAUGCCCUGCGUGAGGCGCUGGAUCGCCUCAACUCCACCAUGCAGAAGCCCAUCAGUACCUAUAUCGGUGGGAUACCAGAGGAAGUCCCAUUCCCUGCCACCCCUGUGACGGCCUACUAUCACGGCUGUAUGGACAUCUCUAUCAAUGGCCAGCAGCUAGACUUUGACGAAGCCCUCAACAAACACAACAGCAUUAAGUCUCAUUCCUGUCCGCCUGUCUCUGCCCCUGAAACUCACCCUGAUGCACCUCCACCACACAGGAAGUGACCUCAGUUACACCCAGAUCCACAUCCAUUAGCUGUUACUUUAGGCAGCAUCUCACAGCUUCUUCCUCUUCUUCUUGAUAUCCUUUUAUUUCUGGGAAAGAGAGAAAAGGAGGAGAGGAGAAUGGGGGAGGGGAGAAGAUGAGAAAGAAGUCAUUGGAAGGGGAGACAGUGGCAGACUGAAAAAGUCAUAUUUGUCCACUUUCUCUGAUGAGUUUAUUUUUAGCUUUGACUUAAGCGUUUUCUCCUUUCACCUUCAUUGCCAAACAAUUGUUCCCAUCCAGGGAGCGCUUCAUUCAAUGUUUCUAGUGAGCCAUGAUGAACACUGACUGCCAGUGAGAUGGUCAGAGGCUGAAUGACGUAGUUGUAGCAGUAUGUUGCAAUGAAUUAUAUUAUUUCCUAGAAAUUUUGACAAAGAGCUGAGCUCUGUAGCACACAUACCAUGUAUGACCAAGAGAUGGUUAUGUUUGUGUAGAAAAAUAAACAAAUGGUCACUGCUGACCAGGCUUUGUCUGACUACCUGCAUCAUUGUUUUCCUGUUGUCUAAUUAUGCUGUGAUCUCUGUAAUUCUGUGUCCUUCUACUACAUCUCUCCGUGUUUCUCAGACAUACUUUUCCCCGCCUCUUUUUCUGUUGCUGUUCUUAUCGUCAAAUGCCUCGCAUUGUACUCUGAUAGCAUUCAGAAUUCACCUUGUAUAUAAAGACGAACCCUCUUUAAUGUAUAACUUCAAUGUAGUUGUCCAGUGUUGUGUUUGGUUGAGUGUUAUAUGUUUGUUUUAAUAAAAUUGGAUCAAAACUGUC